CUCUCUGGUAUAUUGCUUCACCAUGUCGUCCGCCCUCCUCCGCACUACUCCCGCCCUCCGCGCCGGUCUCCGGGCCCGUGCCGCUCCCCUCGCCUCCAUGGCCUUUGUCCGCACCAAGGCCACUCUCCCCGACCUCUCCUACGACUAUGGCGCCCUCGAGCCCUACAUCUCGGGCCAGAUCAUGGAGCUCCACCACUCCAAGCACCACCAGACCUACGUCAACGGCUUCAACGCUGCCACAGAGGCCAUCGCCGAGGCCCAGGCCAAGGGCGACGCCAAGGCUGCCGCUGCCCAGGCUCCCCUCCUCAACUUCCACGGCGGUGGUCACCUCAACCACACUCUCUUCUGGGAGAACCUCGCCCCCAACGGCAAGGGCGGUGGUGGUGAGCCCGAGGGGAAGCUCCUGACCGCCAUCAACGAGGAUUUCGGCUCCUUCGACACCCUCAAGAAGCAGACAAACGCCGCCCUCGCCGGCAUCCAGGGCUCCGGCUGGGCCUGGCUCGUCAAGGACAAGACCUCGGGCACCCUCUCCGUCGUCACCCGCCCCAACCAGGACCCCGUCACUGGCAACCUCGAGCCCCUCCUCGGUAUUGAUGCCUGGGAGCACGCCUACUACCUCCAGUACCAGAACCGCAAGGCCGAGUACUUUAGCGCCAUCUGGGACGUUGUCAACUGGGAGACUGUUGCCAAGCGAUUCGGCAACUAAGGGUUAUAGCCAAGUCAAAGAGUCAAAAGAACCAAAGUUCAGACGCACGCGCCAAGGUGUCAUGAGCCAAGCCUUGCGUAGACAUGUUUUGUUUGUCAAGAUAUCGAGUGUAUAGUACAUCGAGCUUCUGAAUCGAAUCGCCAUGGAGUCAAUACAAUUAGUGUCCC